AUACGUGUAUAAAAGGAGCUGGUGUGCAACCACUCAUUCGGAUUUUCUCUUCGGAGCCGAACGGUCAUGCUCGCUGAGCUGAAUACUACUGUUCAUUCACCUGCUGGAUCUGACGGCACAUUUCAGCGGCUUCUCCCUCCUCUGCACUGGUGCACUGCAGAGAACGCCCCUGGGUGCUUCGGCAGAAAAACUAGAGAGUAUAUUUUCUGAAGGAGCAUUUUUCCCCUCUAAAAGAGUAUAUAUUUCUCUAAAAGAGCGCACACACGGAACGUCUUUUUAAAGACGCGUCUUUUUAAAGAUGCUUUUCCGAUUGUGUGUUAUUCCUGGUCGUGCUCAUUAUCUCUUGCCUUCUAACGGUCACGAUCACUGUCUUUCGUGUCUGGGCACUGCUCACGCGGAGACAGCGUUCGUGGAUGGUCACGUUCUCAUUGCGAGAAUAUGUCCAUGGCAACGUUGCGGUCGCGGCUCGCCUUCGUAAGAAAGCGAGCCACCCCAGAGGCUCCCGCCUUGGUCCUUUUACCCACGGGUUUGAGGCCAGCGCGGCUAGCACUGGGGGCGAUUUGGGGACCCCAAUGGGACCGCCUCCGCCGGGUAUCCCCCCGCGGACCUCACAUUCCCCAGCACGCUCGUCUGCCCAGAGCGGGCUUCCGGGUGAGUCUGCCGACUCGUCUCAUGGCGAGUUCGACCUCUUAUUUGGAGCCCGCGAAAGUGAUGAGCUCUCGAGCGCAGCAUCGGAGAGCGGGCUCGUCCAGUCGGAAGCCUCAGCUGGGCUCCUCCCUUCGGGGUCGAUCACCCAGUCACAGGCUGACGCGGAGAUGACGACAUGCUUUCCCGGACAGCCGCGAGCGUCGGUUAGAGUGGAUUUCACCGCUCUUCCCUGAAACCUCGCGGCUCGGUGAUUGGUUCCUGGGCUCGCGGCGCCGCUCAAAGCCACGCCCCGCCCCGUUCCUUUCUUCCCGGAAGUGCAUGAAGGGCUGACAAGGUCACGGGAGGCACUUUUUACUGCCCGGUCCCGAUCUUUUCAGCUUCCCCGCUCUCACUACCCUUGAUGGUGGGGCGGCCAAGGGUUAUUCGGCAAUCCCCCAGUGGAUAAAGGCGCUCGCGGUGCACCUAUGCCCGCAGAGCGCCGCCACCUGGCGCGGGUGCCCAAAGCCCCCGUCCAAGGCCUGUAGGUUUACAUCAUCUCUGACAGUUGAAGCCUACGGUGCAGCUGGACAAGCCGUCUCCUCCCUGCACACCAUGGCUCUCCUGCAAGUCCGCCAAGGCGCUAAAGGAACUGCACGAGGGUAGUUCCGCCCCGGGAUUGAUGCAGGAACUGCGCUCGGCGACUGACCUCGCUCUCCGAGCGACGGAGGUCACGGCGCGGUCUCUCGGGCGGACGAUGGCCACACUAGUGGUCCAGGAGCGCCACCUUGGCUCAACCUGGUCGAGAUGGGUGAGGCCGACAGGACACGAUUCCUUGCUGCCCCCAUUUCCCAGGUGGGCCUAUUCGGCGACACCGUCAAGGACUUUGCCCAACAGUUCUCGAUGGUAGAGCAGUAGAUGGAUGCUAGCCGGCAUAUCCUGCCCCGGCGCGGCUCAAGAUCCCGCACCCCAUCUACUCAUCGCCGAGGGCGUCCCCCUGCGGUGACUGCACCGGCUCCGCCGCAGCCCCCCCUCCAGCCCGGCCCCGGCGUGGAGCCCACCGCAGGAAGCCAACGCCACCCGUUUCACAGCCGGCACCGAAGAACCCACGGAGGUCUUCGAAGCACCCCUGAGACAGGCGACCCAGGGACAACAAAACCCGCUGCUCUGGAGCUGGUAAGCAGAUCUUCAUCUUUUUGUUACCUUUUGCAUUUAAUUGCACUGCAUGCUCAAGUGGCUGCAGUACUCAAGAGCUCAGCAAGAGUGGUUUCCUUGUUCCCUGGGUCACAUAUCCGGUGUGUACGGCUGGCAUCACGACCACCGUCCACCACUCCAUUUGGCAGGUUGGCGCUCCAGCGGCGGUCUCCCCGCCCUGAGCACCCAGCUGUGGCACAAAUCUGCCCCCGAUGUGACAGUCCCCACGGGUCACGAGGACAGGUCUCUUCCUCCCCCGUCCCAGGCUGUUCCGGGGGUGGUCACAAGGAGCCAGGUAAGUGCUUCAAUGUCCUCGGACUCAGCACGGCCACGAUGUGGUGUGGCACCUCGAGCUCCGCCCCACCGCGAGGCCCCACCUGCCGGUACAUCCGAGGAUGUUGUCCCUUUGGUCCCCCUUGCGCGGAACGUGGACGCAUGGCUUGCGCUUUCCAGUCCGUCACGAGGGCUGAUUCGGACCGUCCGACUCGGCUGCGCGAUUCACUUCGCCGGGCAUCCGCCCAGGUCCAGCGGUGUCCACUUCACCUUGGUGAAAGACGGAAACACUGCUACCUUGCGUGGAGAUCGCUACCCUCCUACGGAAGGACGCGAAAGAACCUGUCCCUCCAGCCGAGAUGAAGAAGGGGUUUUACAGCCCCUACUUCAAUGUACCGAAAAAAGGCGGUGGGUUGCGGCCAAUCUUGGACCUGCGAGUACUGAACCGGGCCUUACACAGACUCCCAUUCAAGAUGCUGACGCAAAGACGCAUUCUAGCGAGCGUCUGGCAUCAAGAUUGGUUCGUGGCGGUAGACCCGAAGGAUGCGUACUUUCACGUCUCGAUCCUUCCUCGACACAGACCCUUCCUGCGGUUCGCGUUCGAGGGUCAGGCGUAUCGGUACAAAGUCCUCCCUUUCGGCCUGUCCCUGUCUCCUCGCGUCUUUGCGAAGAUCGCAGAGGCUGCCCUUGCCCCGUUAAGGGAGGUGGGCAUUCGCAUUCUCAACUAUCUCGACGACUGGCUAAUCCUAGCUCACUCUCGAGAUGGGUUAUGCGCACACAGGGACCUGGUGCUCUCACACCUCAGCCGACUAGGGCUUCGGGUCAGCUGGGAAAAGAGCAAGCUCCUCCCGGUUCAGAGCAUCUCUUGUCUCGGUUUGGAGUUGGACUCAGUCUCCUUGACGGCGCACCUUACGAACGAGCGCGCCCAGUCGGCGCUGGCCUGUUUGAAGGCGUUCAAACAGAAAACAGCGGUUCCACUGAAACAUUUUCAGAGGCUCCUGGGGCAUAUGGCAUCCUCGGCGGUGGCCACCCCGCUCGGGUUGAUGCAUAUGAGGCCGCUUCAGCACUGGCUCCAGACUCGAGUCCCGAGAUGGGCAUGGUGCCAUGGGACACACCGCGUGGCCAUUACGUCGGUCUGUCACCGUCUUUUCAGCCCUUGGACCGACCUCUCGUUUCCACGAGCAGGUGUUCCGCUAGAACUGGUCUCCAGGCACGUCGUGGUCACGACAGAUGCCUCCAAAACGAGCUGGGGCGCUGUUGGCAAUGGGCACGCAGCCACCGGCCUCUAGACGGGUCCGCGGCUGCGUUGGCACAUCAACUGCCUCGAGUUACUGGCAAUUCUGCUUGCCCUGCGGAGGUUCCGGCCGUUGAUCCAGGGCAAGCACGUGCUAGUUCGGACAGACAGCACGGCAGCGGUAGCAUAUGUCAACCGCCAAGGCGGUCUGCGCUCCCGCUGUAUGUCAUAACUCGCCCGCCGUCUCCUCCAACGGAGUUAGCAGCACCAAGUCGCUGCAAGCCACUCACAUCCCAGGCAACCUCAACACUCUGGCGGACGCGCCGUAACAACAGGUUACCCUCAAGGGAGAGUGGAGACUCCACCUUCAGGUGGUCCAGCUGAUUUGGAGUCGAUUCAGUCAGGCACAGGUGCACCUGUUCGCCUCCCAAGAAUCCUCCCACUGCCUCUCUGGUACGCCCUCACCGAGGCCUUCCUCGGCAUAGACGUGCUGGCACACAGCUGGUCCCCUGGCAUUCGCAAAUAUGCGUUUUCCCCAGUGAGCCUGCUUGCACAGACCCUGUGCAAGGUCAGGGAGGACGAGGAGAAGGUCGUCCUGGUAAGCACCCUACUGGCCCGCCCAGACGUGGUGCUCGGACCUCACGCUCCUCGUGACAGCUCCCCCCGGGCAAAUUCCCCUGAGGAAGGCCCUUCUUUCUCAGGGAAGGGGCACCAUCCGACACCCGCGCCCAGACCUCUGGAAUCUCCAUGUCUGGCCCCUGGACGGGACGCGUUCACUCAGGCUAGGGCUCCCUCUAUGAGACGCCUGUAUGCCUUUUAAGUGGCGUCUGUUCGCUAAGUGGUGUUCUUCCCAUCAGGAAGACCCCCAGAGGUGUGCAGUCAGAUCAGUGCUUUCCUUCCUGCAAGAGAGGUUGGAAGGGAGGCUGUCCCCUUCCACCUUGAAGGUGUACGUUGCUGCCAUAGCAGCACACCACGAUGCAGUCGACGGUAAGUCCUUAGGGAAGCAUGAUCUGAUCAUCAGGUUCCUAAGAGGCACCAGGAGGCUGAAUCCCUCCAGGCCGCACCUCGUUCCCUCAUCGGACCUCUGUAGUUUUUCAGGGUCUACAGAGAGCCCCCUUUGAGCUUUGCAGUCAGCCGGGCUUAAGGCACUCUCCUUGAAGACUGCCCUCCUGACUGCGCUCACUUCCAUCAAGAGGGUAGGUGACCUGCAAGCGUUCUCUGUCAGCAAAACAUGCCUGGAGUUCGGUCCGGGCUAUUCUCAUGUGAUCCUGAGACCCCCGACCGGGCUAUGUGCCCAAGGUUCCCACCACUCCUUUUAGGGACCAGGUGGUGAACCAGCAAGCGCUGCUCCAGGAGGAGGCAGACCCAGCCUGUCGUUGCUGUGUCCGGUGCGCGCUUUACGCAUCUACUUGGAUCACACGCAGAGCUUUAGAAUCUCUGAGCAGCUCUUUGUCUGCUUUGGUGCACAGCGGAAAGGAAGCGCUGUCUCCAAGCAGAGGAUCGCCCACUGGCUCAUUGAUGUCAUAACUAUGGCAUAUCUCGCCCAAAACAUGCCGCCCCCGGUAGGGCUACGAGCCCCAUUCUACCCGUGGUGUAGCGGCUUCUUGGGCCCUGGCCAGAGGUGCCUCUCUAACAGACAUUUGCAGAGCAGCGGGCUGGGCAACACCCAACACCUUUGCAAGGUUCUACAACCUCCGGGUGGAACCGGUUUCGUCCCAGGUAGUGGCACGCAACACAAGUGGAUAAGCCCGGGAUAGCCGGCCGGGUGUAUCGCUUGUACAUAGCGCCUUCCACCUCCUUUUGAGCUGAAGAUGUGUGCUGUUAAUUCCCAGUAGUGUUCACAAAAGUUGUUCCCUGGUUGACUUCCUCCAAGCCCUGUGGCAGUCGAGUUUUUGGAGGGACUCGCUGCCGGCCCAGUACACGCGCUAACUAAGAGCCCGGUUCUGGGGUAGGUGCUCCGCAUGUGGCGGUUCCCUGUAAGGCUAACCCCAUGCGAUCUAUAUCUUCCGCUAGUUUGUUUCCCUGCUGGCAAACUGCGUCUUCCUUGGGCAGAGCCCCUCUGCCCCAGUCUCUAUGUUGUAGUAACUCCUCCCCCAUGGGGCAGGAUCUACCUUGAAGGCUCUCCACAUUGUUGGAAAGAUCAUGUGAUGUAUUCUUCCACUUAAAUAUCCCCCCCCCCUCUCUUGGGGCGAGGUGUGG